AUGCUUGAAGUUCACAUCCCGUCUGUGGGGCCCGAGGCCGAUGGGUCCAGACAGAGCCCAGAGAAAGGCCACAUGGUGUUUCGAGUGGAGGUGCUGUGCCGCGGGCGCAAACACACCGUGCCGAAGCGCUACAGCGAGUUCCACGCGCUGCACAAGCGGAUCAAGAAACUAUACAAAGUGCCCGACUUCCCCUCAAAACGCCUGCCCAACUGGAGGACCAAAGGCCUGGAACAGCGCCGGCAGGGCUUGGAGGCUUACAUCCAGGGUGUCCUGUACCUGAACCAGGAUGUGCCCAAGGAGCUAUUGGAAUUCCUGAGACUUCGUCACUUCACAACAGAUCCCAAGGCCAACAGCUGGGGCCUCCUGAGGGAGUUCCUGCCUGGCAACAGCAGGAAACUGUACCACCGGCCUGUCAUCAGCUUCUGCAUGGAUCCCUACAUUUGUACCCCCUCUACAGAGCCUCUGUCCAACAUGGUGGUGAAUGGCGUGCUCCAGGGCUUCUACGGCUUCAGCAUCAGCCCUGUCAAAGCCCAGCCAGAAGCUGCCAGUCACCCUACUCCUCUGCCCAUGCCCUGA